AUGUUGUGCAAGACUGGUCUUCCUCCCCGACUAGCUUCCAGGGCAGGCGGUGGAGCUGAGGCUUUGGGAAAAGAAGAAGCAACCCCAAGCUGGGUCUCCUCUCCUGGAGAGACAGCAGCACUUCGAGCUCCUGGCCCUCCCCCGCGUCCUCCUCACCUGCGGUUCACCGGCUCUGCAGCCCCGUCCCUCUGUGGAGCAGGGGGCGAGGGGCUCUGCACUGCUGCAGGACACACGUCCUCAGCCCCAAGUCCUGAGAAGUGGGUGCUCACAGCUACAAAGAACAAGGUGAAUACAGAAAUGGCUCUAGGGUGGUUAGAGACCCCAAAGGGAAAGUUUCAGCUAGAAGCCACUUUGAAGACUAAAUAA